CGCGUCAUCUGUUGGGAUCCACUGCCCGAAGCUUCCUCCCAAUCUUCCACCAUACAAUCGUUUACCAUGAAGGUCCUUUUGCGGAAUUUGGGCUGCAAUGGUACGUGUGGCUUCAGAGCUUGAGUCAGCCGAAUCACUAUGAUGUGAUUUGUCAAGAUCUUUUCCCGUUUUCUCAAGAUAAUGCUCCUGAUAAAGGUCUGAUAUUUGAUAAGACCAAUUUCAACCCUAUCUAUUUAUUUUCUAAAAAGUAAGAAGGACAAGACCUGUUGCACAUUUCAGCCUACACAGUACACACCUACUUCUACUUGUUGCGCAUUUCGUUUCCUUAAUCCGAUUUCCGAUGUCUAAAUUCAGGAGAGAUCCGAAUUUGUCAUCGGAGCGUCUCCCACACGACGUCGUAUUCGACAUACUGAGUCGCCUGGCAGUGAAAUCCCUGAUGAGAUUCAGGUGCGUUUCCAAGUCUUGGAACUCCAUCAUCACAGACCCCAUUUUCAUUACCAAACACCUCAACCUCAACAAAGCCAAAUCAUUAUCUAACAACAAUGGUUUUCUGCUAUAUUCUGAUUACGAAGAGGAUGGUCCAAAAUGGAAAGAUCUGGGUACGGCUGUUUGCAAUAGCGACCGCACAUUCACCGAGAUUUCCAGGUUUCAAAUUCCCUUUCCUGCUGUCAACAUUGUUGGCUUCUGUAAUGGCAUGUUCUGCCUUGAUAGUUAUAUGGACGGUGUAAUUUAUUUGUGGAACCCAAGCAUCAAAACGUUUAAGAGUCUCUCUCCUCCUCACGACAUGUACACCUAUGGCCGGACUCUUGGGUUUGCGUACCAUUCCCAAAACAAUGACUACAAGAUUCUCAGAAUUGUUCCUCAUCGUCACUAUGAAGGAUCAGCACGGUCGGCUGAGGCUCAGGUCUACACAUUGAGUACGGAUUCAUGGAAAAGCUUUGUAAUAUCGUUUGGCUCCGACCACGAUGUUGGGUAUAUUGAUUCUAGAUAUGGAAUCCCAUGUUUGUUUUUUAAUGGAGCUCUGCACGUUUUAGCGACUACUAAGGACCACAGUUAUAGUUUGUGUUUUGAUGUCAAUGAUGAGACAUUCCAAAAGAUAAUACUCCCGGUGCCUGUUUACUUUUACGGAGGUAAGUUUUCCCUUGCAGUGUUCAAGGGAUCGUUGGCUAUGAUUGGUUUUUCUACUGAGCAUCUCUCAUCACCCAUAAUAUGGGUGAUGAGAGAGUAUGGUGUGGUUGAUUCUUGGACGAAAAUAACUGUAGAAUUCGAGGAGGUUGAGAGAUUCUUUCGCUGCGUUGACGAUGGUGAACUUCUAUUUUGGAAUGAUUCAGAGGUCAUUUCAUAUGACCCUGAGAGUCCAAACGCGAACUGCCUUGGAAUUACUGUUGGACGUGAUAGUUGGUUGCGUUACACAACUGAUCCCAUGGAGAGCUUGGUUUUACUUGGUCAGGGGGAAAAUGAAACGAAUAGGGAAACUGAAGCUGAUUUGAAGUACCCAUCUUUACCUUCGUGGGAAGUGCAAGUGAUGAAUGACUCUGGAGAAUUUGAAACCAUGCUUGUUCCACGCUCAAAGCAUGUUCCUUAUGUGCCAUGGACGGGAGGCCCGGCUGAAGCGGAUUUUGUUGAGGAGUGUUAUUCCCUUAUUGAGUCCAUGAAGAACUGGAUUUCGUCUAGUUCCCAAUUAUCUUUUGUCCGUCAAAAUGAACUUUCUCAUGAAAAUGGCCUCUUGCGGAACAAGGUGGAAAGUCAAGCAAGUACCAUAAAGACUCUUGAGAGAUGUCUGUGUAGUUUGGGACCUCGUGAUGUUGGAGGAUCAAGUGAUCCCGUUACUGAUUCAGUUGGUGGUAUAACUCUUUCUCGUGCUGAUGAAGGUGAUCCCAUGAACACUACAGUGCAAGCCAAAGUGGAUUUCUCUCAACACAUAAAGCGUCUUGCUCCUCAAGAUCCUUUUCACUGCCAGGUUCAUGAGAGUACAACUUUGGCCACAUUUAGAUCCAAAUCUGGACGUCUUCCUUCUGGUCAACAGAUUAGCCUUGAUGAUGAUGAUGAGGAAGACAAGGAGCAGCACACAAAACCUUUGGCACAGCAUCAUGGAAAGAGAGGUCAUCUGUGAGCACCUGCAGCAGAGCAUCUGUCUUUUUUCUUUUUAAUUGGUACAGUUCUAUUAACGUGUAGAUAACUUUUCAGAUCCAAGUAAAUGGAAAUCAAUCCUUUAGGUAAAUGACAUUAGCUCAAUGCCCUAGUUUAGAGGGGUUUCUUUUGCACCUGGAUGGAUUCAACUUAAUUUUGAGAUGUAUCUUGAUUUUUCUGUUUUGA